UUUUUUAUAUAUUUUAAACCUCGAUAUUUUAACCAUAGUUUUUUUAAUGGUUUCAAUAAAGGAUACUUUUGCUAAGGUCUCUAUACGAUCAGAACCAGUUGAUUAUCAUGCUAUUGCUUCAAGUAUUCUUCAAAGACGAUUUGUUCAGGCAGUUUUUUUAACAUAUUUAAUAUCUUAUGUUAUUUCAAUUAUAAUUGACAGCACGUUUAGCAUUUUUAGACCUCUUUCAUGGUUAUAUAUUGGGUUUCGAGCGUUAAUUCUUUUGUUUUCAGUAUUUCCACUCUUUAUUUCAAAAAAAGCUAAUCUUCAUGUUGAUUACCAUACAAAGCCAUCUUUUAUAUCAGAAUUCUAUCUCAGAUUAUUUUCGCUUAAAGCUUUAAGAUUAACAUUUAUUUAUCUUAUUUCAUCUUUUUUUAUAACUAUGAUAAAUAUGAACACGAAAAACACGGCAUCAUUUAAUAAAAUUGUUGUAUUUUAUGAAGUCUAUUCACCUCAAUUAAAUGAAAAAACAGUAUAUUUUAUUUUUCAUGGAUUAUCAUUGGCAUUAGUGGUUUCUAUUAUCCAUAAUUUGAAUGAUUGGGAUAAGAUGGAGCUUCCUAUUUUUGUACAAAUUCUCCCAGUACGUGUAAAAUCUGAAAUAGUGAAAAUUAUAAUAUAUUCUGCAUUGGUUUCCCUUACAUUUUCAUUUUUUAGUCCAUUGGUAUAUCUUUUUUUAAGAAGAUGGAUAUGGUCUUUUACGUUGCAAUUUUUUCGCUUAUUGUUAUAUAAAAUUCCAAAAUCUUCUAUUCCUUAUUGGCCAUUUUCUGUAAAGCUUCUUUUUUUUUCUACGUUUAAUUCUUUUAUCAUGCUUUUACUUUGGAAUUCGGUUCAUUCUUUAUUUAGAAUAUAUUUAUCUCAUGGUCCUAUGUCUUAUGGAAAAUUAGCAAGUGAACGAUCACCUGAUCCUAAUGGAACUCUUUUGACAGGAUUAGUAGCCGAAUUUAAGCCAUUGACUAGGAUUAUGGCAUUUGAAGAACUUUAUUAUAUAUUACAUCAUGAUUUUCAUCGCUGUGAGCAAAUUUUCAAUGAUAUUGACCGAAACCCUCCUAUGUGGCAACAAAUUGUAGAAAUAUGUCUUAGAAUUAUCAGUGACAUCCCUGUAACUCUUCGAAGAGUAUAUCAAUUACCAGAAAAUAAAACUUUAUUUUCAAAUGCAAAUUCAGACUUUUCACAUCAAUUCUACAAUCAAAUAAACGAUGACACUGAAUUAAAGAAUCAAAAUUCUGUACCUUUACUAAGAAUUAAAGAUCAAAAUAUUUUUUUGGAAAAACAAGUUCGCAAGCGAACUAAUAUAGACUAUUCAAAACAUCAAAAUCAUGUUAAUGAGUUUUUGUCACAUUCCAAUAAGGCUUCAAAAAAAAAAGAUAAAAAUAUUUAUAAACUUCAACUAAAAAAUAUUAUAAUAUUUUAUUUAAAAAUAUUUUAUAAAUCUUGGCUGGGCGCUCCAUUUAGACAAACUUUGCAAAGAAAACAUCAAAUUUUAUUUCCAAAUACUCGUUUGCAAAUUCUAGCUAUAUUUGAUUUAUCUCAAUUAGUCGUACGUUCUAUUGAUCAAGAUUUGUUUGGCAUGGUUCAACGGGAAGUUGCAUUGAUUUUGGAAUGUUUACAUGUAACUCUUGAAGAUGUGAAGCAUUUCAUUAAAUUUCCACAAUGUCAUUUUUCUGAUAUAUUUUAUCGUCAAAAUAAUCUAGAUCUUACUUUUGAAGAACCUACUGCUCUUUUAAAAACACUCGAAUUCGGUAUGUUAAAUAUCAUUUCCAAAUUCGGUCCUUAUCUUUCUGGAAUGCAUCUUCAACCUUCCACUGCAAUAAAAUGUCAAACACUAGCUGAUUUUAACUUAAUAAAUGACUAACAAUCAAUCUAUUCUGCUAACUAAUUCAGCUCUAUUAUUCAUAAAUCAUUCUUUUUCUGGAAAAAUUCUCGAAAUCCUCGAAUUAUUCUCAUAUAACCACCAUUCAUAUCUAAUUUUGGUCGUACAUCAAGAUAAAAUGAUAACAAUUCUCCUUCUUUUUUUCCAGAAUAAAAAUCUAUAAUAUAUGUCACCUCUUUACCACAUCGAUCAAUUUUCCAGUCAUGACGAUCAAAUGGUGGUUUAUAUCUAUACAUAAAUUUUCAUUUAAAUACAAAAUCUAUGCAAUUUUACCCCAGCAAUUUUAACAUUCUUGCUUUAGGACUCAUUUUAGACGACUUUCCUUCGAAUUUUAUCAAUUUAGGUCCUCCACAUCUACAAAAAAAUAAAUAUUAUAAAAUUAUUCUCUUAUAAAUAAAAUUAUUGACUUUUCACUCCCCCAUCCUUUCUCCCAACUUAUAAUCUC